CCCUUUCAGCGAUCCGUAACGUCAAAGCUUCCUGUGUUGUGUAAACAUGUGGAUUAGUGCGAAAAAUUAAAGUCUGCGCCGAGCGUUUGUGCAGAAAUUAUUUGUAUUAAAUACAUAUAAGGCGCUACAGUACGUAUAAAUAAGAUGGAGACCGAAAAUCGACCCAGAAAGCGAUCAUAUGGGGAAAAAGAAAACUCAGGGUCAGAAGGAUCAGAGGAUGAUGACUAUGUCCCAUAUGUUCCUGUCAAAAUGAGAAAGCAGCAAAUGCUGCAGAAGAUGCUGCGUCUCAGAGGAAAGGCAGUGGAUGAGGAGCAAAAGGACAGUGGGGAGGAGCAAAGGGAUGAGGAUGAAGGUCUUGGUCCUCGUUCAAAUGUCAGUCUUCUUGACCAGCAUCAACACCUGAAGGAAAAAGCAGAAGCCCGUAAGGAGUCAGCCAAGGAGAAGCAGCUGAAAGAGGAAGAGAAGAUUCUAGAAAGUGUUGCAGAGGGCAGAGCUCUGAUGUCUGUGAAGGAAAUGGCUAAAGGUAUCAUAUAUGAUGAUCCGAUCAAAACAAGCUGGAGUGCACCUCGCUACAUCCUGAACAUGCCAGACACCAGACACGAGCGUGUUAGGAAGAAGUUCCAUAUCCUGGUAGAUGGUGAUGGCAUCCCACCACCAAUCAAAAGCUUCAGAGAAAUGAAGUUUCCACCAGCUAUAUUAAAAGGUUUAAAGAAGAAAGGUAUUGUGCAUCCCACACCAAUCCAAAUUCAAGGAAUCCCUACAGUUCUUUCAGGUCGGGACAUGAUUGGCAUCGCCUUCACUGGUUCUGGAAAAACUUUGGUCUUUACUCUCCCCAUUAUCAUGUUUUCUCUGGAGCAAGAGAAAAGGCUGCCUUUCUUCAAGCGAGAGGGACCGUAUGGACUGAUCAUCUGUCCUUCUCGAGAGUUGGCAAGGCAGACUCAUGGCAUUAUAGAGUAUUACUGCAAGCUGCUGGAGGAGGAGGGGGCUCCUCAGCUGCGCUCUGCCCUUUGCAUCGGAGGAAUGUCUGUGAAGGAACAGAUGGAGGUAGUAAAACAUGGGGUCCACAUGAUGGUGGCCACACCUGGCAGACUGAUGGAUUUGUUGCAGAAGAAGAUGGUGAGUCUGGACAUCUGCCGCUACCUGGCUCUGGAUGAGGCUGAUAGGAUGAUUGACAUGGGAUUUGAGGAGGACAUCAGGACCAUUUUCUCUUAUUUCAAGGGACAAAGACAAACCCUGCUCUUCAGCGCCACUAUGCCAAAGAAGAUUCAGAACUUUGCCAAGAGCGCCCUGGUUAAACCCAUCACUAUUAACGUGGGCAGGGCAGGUGCCGCCAGCUUGGACGUCAUCCAGGAAGUGGAAUAUGUCAAGGAGGAGGCCAAGAUGGUGUACCUGUUGGAAUGUCUGCAGAAAACACCACCUCCUGUGCUGAUAUUUGCCGAGAAGAAGGCAGAUGUAGAUGCUAUCCAUGAGUAUCUGCUCCUGAAAGGUGUGGAGGCUGUGGCCAUUCAUGGAGGAAAAGAUCAGGAGGAAAGAACCAAAGCUAUAGAAGCUUUUAAAGAAGGAAAGAAAGAUGUCUUGGUCGCCACAGACGUCGCCUCCAAGGGUCUGGAUUUCCCUGCUAUUCAGCAUGUAAUAAAUUAUGAUAUGCCUGAAGAGAUAGAGAAUUAUGUCCAUAGAAUUGGUAGAACUGGACGAUCGGGAAAGACGGGUAUCGCCACAACGUUCAUCAAUAAAGGCUGCGAUGAGUCUGUGUUGAUGGAUCUGAAAGCCCUGCUGGUUGAAGCCAAGCAGAAGGUUCCCCCGGUUCUCCAGGUGCUCCAGACGGGAGACGAGACGAUGCUGGACAUCGGAGGAGAGAGGGGCUGUACGUUUUGCGGUGGUCUGGGCCAUCGUAUCACUGACUGUCCUAAGCUGGAGGCCAUGCAGACCAAGCAGGUCACCAACAUUGGCCGGAAAGACUACCUGGCCCACAGCUCAAUGGACUUCUAAGAGAUUUUCAUCAAGGAGAAGCUUCUCCCGUGUUUGACGGAACUGAGAAACACUUCUGAAGCAAUUGUACAGUUACGUGUCAUGUCACCGAACUGAGGAAGUGUAUUUUUAUCUUUACCCAGUAGAGCUACAGGUUUGAUAGAUUACAUGAUUGGCCACUUACAGCCUCUUGGUUUUUUUUUUUUGGUUUGUUUUCACCCAUUUCUCUCCUUGUUGUUGAUACGGACCCCUUGUAACAUACAGUAUUUUUGCUACUCCAGUUGUAAAUAAAGCCACUCUUAACUGUU